CUGCCUGUGUGGCUCUGCAUAGCAGACAUCUUUCUCGCUGCUAGAUAUUACUCAUUUCCUCAGCCCUUCGCACACACACACACACACACACACAGACACACACACACUUCAGUCAGUCACAUACGCGACCGAUAGCAGCUCUCAGUUCUUUCCUUCGGUUUGUGGGGCUGGCUGGUGUUAUAUCAUGCAUGCAGAGAUCAGAGGCAGCGUGUAGCUGGAGGCUGCACAUUUCCCCGGGUGUUGUGACUUGUGUGGCGGUGCUGUUUGAGGAGCAGCGUAGCACAGCGAGGAGCUGAGGGAGUGGGGCCGACCCCGCUGGGAGGACUGGAAUAUGAAUGACUUGCCGGGACUGGGACCAGGUCUGCUCAGCCUGCGCACCAAAGGUGAGUCGUGGUUCAGCACAACGGACUCAACAGUGAUCAGACAGUGAUGCUGCGUCUCCGCCUUCCCCUCUGCCUGCGCCCCUCGUUCUCCCGUGAGGCCCAUGUGACUUAGCCUAAACCCACACACAGGGGGCCCCCCAGUGCUGCUGAGCCCACCCAUGAAUCCCAGCCCCGACCGCGGCAAAGAGUGCCUCCCUCCCAAGAAGAGGGAGUCUCGGCAAGGAUCGGUGGGACACCACAUCCCUCUGGACGAGUUUAAACCCCCCGUGCCGCUCCGAAGCCGGUCCAGCGGAGGAGGAGUGGAGGGAGGCAGGGAGGCCAGUGACCGAGCUCUGCUAAACCCUAACCCCCAUCUCCUGCAUACUCCUCCACCCCUUCCUGCUCCAGCACCAGGUCUCCCCCUGCCCCUCCCAUGGCACCUGAGCUACUCCCCCUCUGUCUCUCUCCCGCUUUUCCCAGGGCAGGUCAGCGAGAGGAGGGGCUCAGGGUCUCCCGGCUGGAGAGAUGAUCCUCUCUCCUCACCCCUGCCCCACCACUCUAGGUGGCUUAGAGGAGAAGGACCCCUCUCCUUGCCACCUUCUCCAUCUUCCUCCUCCGCAUCGUCCUUCAAGACUCCCUUCCCGGCCGAUUCUCGAGACAUAUGGUCCUACAUCAACAGUGGCCGACGGGACAACAGCUCCUCUCCUCUCUUCUCCCCAUCGUACUUGUAUAACCACCACUCUCUCUACCCUCAAGAUCCAAGCUUUGUUGAGCCCCGACACAGAUACCUGGGCAAGAGGCCCAACGGCCUGGAUGGGCCAGGCAGCCGGACUGCCUCGACCUCCAGGCCUCUGCUCACAGGAGACUAUGGGAACGACAGCAGCAGAGCCAGGCUGGACAUCAGUGCACACAGCUCCCAUACCAACGGUGGACGGCGCCCGCAGGAGGAUCCAACAUCCUGUGUCCAUACUGGAGGGCCAUUUUUGUCAGACUAUCAAGCUCAGGAAGGCUCUGAGCCACAUUCCUCACUGCAGGACAGACAUUUGCAGGGGAUGGUAAAGGCCAGCUUACUCUCCACCAGUCCCCAUCCUCUCGGGCCUGUCUCCAGGGCAGGUAGAGGGGGACUGUUGGACACCCUCGGAGUCCCACCAGCUGAAGCGCAGAUCUACUACUCCUUGGGGCCAGUGUGCCAACCCUGCCCUCAGGUCCAGGCCUACCCACUCUACAGCCCCUCAGGAACUGCUCUGUACAACCUGCACAGGGAGCCCGGACUCAGGCAGCCCCAUUUAAGGAACUCACCCAAAUCACCACUGGGUCUACCUAACAACCAUGACAGGUCGCAAAGAGACCGGGACAGAGACCAAGAAAUGGACAGAGAAAGACUGAGAGGUAAGGACAAUGAGAAGCAACUACGACACGACAAAGACCAAGAACGAGACAUUGAGCGGGAGAGACGACGGGACAGAGAAAGAGACAGAGAGAGGGAGCUUUCUCCCUCCCAUCUUCACACCUCACCCCCGGCCCUUCACCCUCCCCAAGCGCUCCUACCUCACUUCACCAAGGGUUCUCUAAUCGAGUUGGCCAGCGGUCGUCUGAAGCGGGUGGAGGAGCUGCGGACCGAGGACUUCCUGAGGAGCGCAGAUACCUCCCCAGAGUUCCACCUCAGCACCUGCACUGUGCUGCUGAUUUCCCCCAGCGGCGCACAAGGCUUCAGCCACCUGCAGGUCCACCUCACAGACCGCAACACUCAGGAGUUACUGAAGGUCUUGGUGGAGUAUCCGUUCUUUGUGCAGGACCGGGGCUGGUCAUCUUGCUGCCCCCAGAGAACCACUCUGCUGUACGGUCUGACCUGCCGCCAGCUCGUUGAGGGGGACGUCUGCCUGGCUCUCACCCCCACGCCCCCUGCAACCCGCACCCAAACCCCCCGGACACACACGCGCACCGGCCCAAGGGCCCACCGCGCGCAACUCCACCCCUCCAGGGCUGCAGGACAAUCCGGUAGCUCGCACAGGGAGGAGAUGCCGCCUCCGCCUCCUCCUCCCCCUCUUCCUCACCACCCACCUCCUACUGUGCCGGCUCCUCCUCAACGUGCCCCGGCUGUAGAGCCUCCCGCCCGAGAGCGGCCGCGUCCACGCAAGCGGCGCUGGUCUGCCCCGGAUACCUUGCACUCAACCGGAACUGAUGAAGGCCUCCUGGAUUUACCUCAUGGCUACAAGCUAGCAAAGCGGCAGUAGAGUCUUGGAAAUGCAUACGCAUUCAUGAAUAUUAACGCACGCACAAACACACGCGAGCACAUACACACCCUUGUUGUCUCUGGUGCACCCACCAAGACAAACAACAAGGAGACCUCAAAGUAGGGUUGCAGGGAAGUAAAAAUAAAAGUUAAAAAAAAAUAGUAGAGGCAAGUUACGGGUGUCCAAACUGCUGCCCAAAAUAUUAACCUUGUCCAUCCUAGUCUGGUCCUAGAUGUAUCCUCCUUUCCUUCCCCUUCCCUUCCUUUCCUUUCCUUUCCUCAACCUUACUAAGAGCAGCCCUGAGAGGAGCAACCGCUGAAGGACCUCGAGAUGGCUCCUCACAGACACACACCGAAGACAUUUAGUGAGACAAUCAAGCACUCGUCUGUGGUCACUGUUUUUGUAAUGGUUGUCCCACCCACCUACUUACUGACAGUGUUUUCUGCAGGGUAUCGAUUUUCAAUCAGUGUUAUGAAAGAAACGCUAUUGAAGAAGCGCAGAAUGAACAAAAGUUGACUAUAUAUAUAUAUAUAUAUAUAUUACAUUACAGAUGUUAUAUACAGUAAAUAUGCUAAACCGAUUUAAUGCAAUCUCUGUCAAUUUUGCAAUGCAUUUCUUGUUUUCUUUUCUUGCUUCUGAGCCGAGGUCGACAUGUCGGUCUGAGCGGGCAAGGUGAAUGUACGAGCAACUCUUCGCCUUUCUUUUCCUUUUUAUUAUCAUCGCUGGGAGUCACUUGAAACAAUUGAUUGUUCGUCAAGGCAUUGGCCUCCAAUAUGUUCUUAACAUUAUCUCUGAGAAAGGGAGAACACUAAUGAAAAACUGCGUAACAGACAAUCCCCCCCCACCCCCCCCCACCCCCCCACACAGACGGGUCUGUGCCACAUCACCUUGACAUUCAUGGUGUUUUUCCAUUAAAAACUGAAUGAUGGAAAGAGUGAAAAGUCAGCGUGGCUGAGGAGUAAUGGUGCUAAUAACACGUUGGAACAUGAUGCUUUGUGAAUACUCUUGACCCCCAUGUACUGCACGCUUCUGUUCCCAUCUAAUUUUUUACGUACUGUAUUUGUUUGAAGGCAGGGAAAAUGAUGAAAGUAUUUUAAAUUCAAAUACGGGUAUCUCCUCUGAUUCAGCACACAAUCUCACUUUAGUUUUGUUUUUUUCUUUUUGUAUUUUAUUUUCAAAAAGAAAACUUUACCUGUUGAUUUUUCUUUUUAAAUGUUAUAGCUACAAAAAUGUAUAUUUUUAAAAAAUUGUGAAACUGUCAUGAUGUUCGCUAGAAAUAAAGGAAAAAAAGCUUUAUAGAUUUAA